UGGAUAAAACACAUACGUGUCACGGUGGGCCCACAAUGUCGGCGGUAAAGGGUGGUUAGCACAUCCCGACAGAAUCCGCCUCCCAAUAAAACCCCCGGAAACAACCCCACCGUUUCAUCUCUUUCUCUACACCUCACAUAAAUAUGCAAUUCAAGACCCCCACCCACUCCUUCUCUUUAAUCACUCUUCUUCUCUUCUUCUCCAAUCCAACCUCAUCAGAUCCUCAAACCAAUCUCCUCACCAAAGACUGCAACCUGUUCGACGCGCCGGACAGUCCUUCCGUCCGCCUCAUCUCUGCCAACCUCAACGCCACCCUCUCCGACCUCCGCUCCCAGCUCAGCUCCUCCCAUUUCGCCACCGCCCAACGCCCCGGUAUCUAUGCCCUCUUCCAGUGCAGAGACUAUCUCUCCGCCUCCGACUGCCUCUCCUGCUUCUCCUCCGCCGCAUCGGAGAUGCAGCGCAACUGCCCGUCCGCCAGCAGCUCCAGAGUCAUCUACGAUGGAUGCUUCCUCCGUUACGAAGGCGAGGCGUUCUUCGAUCAGGCAACGCAGCCCGGUAACGCCGGGUUCUGCGGGAAUCGGACGGUUCUGGACGGGAUCGACUUUAAUCGGACCGCUCAUAUGCUAUUGACGGAUCUUUGUACGGCCACGCCGAGGAGCAGAGGGUUUUUUGUUGCGGCGAAAAGGGAGGGGGUUGGGGUUGGUGAUGUGGUGUACGGGGUGGCGCAAUGCGCACUUACAGUGAGUGAGAGCGGGUGCGGGGAGUGCUUGACGGUGGCGUAUGGAAACAUAGAGAGCUGUCCACCGAACGCAGACGGGAGAGCGGUGGAUGUGGGGUGCUUUUUAAGAUAUUCGGAUACGGCGUUCUUUAGCGAUAACCAGACGACGGAUCUCGCAGCGUUACUAAGGAGGAAAGGAGGGUUGGGUCGUCGUAAGAAAGACAUCAUCGCUAUCGUAGCUGCCUUGCUUCUCUCGGGAAUGCUGGUGUUAAUCGUACUGCUGCUUCUUCGACGUUUCAAAAAGAACAAAAUGUCUUUACAAGCAGAGAUACUAGGGGCAACCGAGCUGCGUGGCACAGUGAAUUUCAAUUACCAAGAACUUAAAUCUGCAACCAGAAAUUUCAGUGAAGAAAAUAAAGUGGGUGGAGGGGGAUUUGGAGAUGUAUACAUGGGUGUUAUGAGAGAUGGGAAAACAGUAGCUGUCAAGAAACUUGCAAUCACCCAAUCCGAACAAACGAAGGGGGAUUUUGAGAAAGAAGUGAAGCUUAUGAGCAAUGUUCAUCAUCGGAAUCUCGUCCGUUUGCUAGGAUGUUGCAGCAAAGGCACAGAGUAUCUACUUGUUUAUGAAUACGCCGCGAACAACAACCUUGCCAAGUUCUUAUUUGGUGAGAGGCGUGGGACCCUCUGUUGGAAACAACGAUUUGAUAUAAUCAUUGGGACAGCUCGUGGUCUUGCAUACCUGCACGAAGAAUUCCAUGUCUGCAUUAUACAUAGAGACAUCAAAUCCAAUAAUAUACUGCUUGAUGAGGAAUUCCAGCCCAAAAUCGCAGAUUUCGGGCUGGCUAGGCUUCUCCCUGCAAACAACCACCAACUCGUCACCAGAUUUGCAGGAACACUAGGAUACAUGGCACCUGAGUAUGCAAUCCGUGGACAGGUAUCCGAGAAGGUUGACGUGUACAGCUAUGGCAUGGUCGUCUUGGAAAUCAUAAGUGGCCGAAAGAGUAGUGACAUAAAGCAUGAACCCGUCACAGAAUACCUUAUUGAGUGGGCGUGGAGGCUGUAUGAGGAAGAUUCACUGAUGGAGUUGGUGGAUGAGAGCUUAAAUCCCGACGAAUAUGAAACAAAUGAAGUGAAGAAAGUCAUAGAGAUAGCACUCAUGUGCACUCAGGCUGCUACUACAAGGCCAGCCAUGUCCCAAGUUGUGGUUUUGUUGCUCAACAAAGAUGAUGAUCUGGGGCACACGCUGACCCGGCCUAACUUCAUAAAUGUUGCAAAUACAAUUCAGAACACGAUACCCCAAAGAGAUACUUCUACUUUGGCUGGGUCACCUUCAUCCAAUGCCACCAUGUCCGUCAGCCAGUUCUCGCCUCGUUGAGGUUUGCUGACCCCACAUGGAUUAGGGAGGACAUACGCAAGCCAACAGACGAGAAAAUGUGUUAAAUGGAUGCGCGAUCCAAUCCAUACAUCAGGUGGAUCUCACCGCAUUGAUGCCCUUGCCCAAGAGUCAGGCCAACCCACUAAUCAGAUGGGUAGCAAAGUUACAUUCAGCUGUGCAAUUUGUAAUCUAGCUCGUCAGGUAAAGCAAUGCUAUGACUCCAACUCCAGCAUCAAUCUGGUUGUAAAGCAAUGCCAUGACUCCAACUCAGGCAUCGACCUGGUUAAGUUCCCAUGUUGGAUCCACUGAGUCAAGUUGCCCGGUAUGAGUUGGGUCAGUGUGACAAGGGCUCAAGAAUCCAUCCAGUGAUUCCGGCACACGUUUGGAAUAUGGAUUUUGCUAUCGUGGGCUAUGAAAAUUUAAGGACCCAUGUUUAUUGGAAGUUGUUAGCUUUGUUGAGCACUGAUUAACAUUGAAUGGUGCUCUCUAUUCUGUAAGGCUACGCUAUGAGUAUCCUCCAGACAUGAACAAUCAAAGGCAUUCCUUAGCACCAGUUAGUUUCUUACAGAACAUGUCCUCCAUGGGGCCCACUUAAAUUGUACAUUUCUGAUAUCUCCAUCACACAAGUAUUACAUGGCGGCAGUAUGUCAUUUGUGGUUGAGAAGCAGGACGCAUGAUUGGUGAGUCAAAUGUCUUUUCUUUAACCUGCGCAAGGUAUUAAUUUUGCAGUCAUGUUUCUUUUGAGUUGGAACUGAAAGAAAUGUAAUUGCAAUUCGAGGGAUAAUUUCUUACUCUAAA